UGAGAGGAUAUUACCAAAGCUCAAUUGCAUUUUGCUCGCUUGAACGUCUUCCUUAAGAAUACCCUUUUUAACCUUGAACGCCAAUUCAUUGGACUUGCAGCUCUCCACCAUGGCUCCCAAAAUUGCGAUCGUCUUUUAUUCCAUGUAUGGACACAUAUUGAAGCUCGCGGAGGCUGAAAAACGAGGCAUUGAGGCUGCCGGGGGCACAGCCGAUCUAUACCAGAUCGAAGAAACUCUUUCAGAUGAAGUUCUCGCUAAAAUGCACGCCCCUGCUAAAUCAAAUCACCCAAUCGCCGCGCCAGAAGAUCUGUUGAAAUAUGAUGCCAUUUUGUUCGGGAUACCCACCCGUUAUGGGAACUUCCCAGCUCAAUGGAAGGCUUUCUGGGACAAAACUGGCUCUAUUUGGGCAAAAGGAGGUUUCUGGGGUAAAUAUGUAGGAACUUUUGUUUCCACUGGCACUCCCGGCGGUGGCCAGGAGUCCACGGUCAUCGCGGCUAUGAGCACCUUCGUUCAUCACGGAAUGAUCUUUGUCCCGCUUGGCUAUAAGACCGCUUUCCCCAUUCUUUCGAACCUCUCAGAAGCUCGAGGUGGCAGCCCAUGGGGUGCAGGAACUUUCGCUGCUGGGGAUGGCUCCCGAAACCCCUCCUCCAUGGAGAUUGAGCUCGCAGAGAUCCAAGGCAAGGCGUUCUACGACGCUGUCGCAAAGGUUAGGUUUGCAUGACUGCAUGAAGCUCCAUCUCUAUCUGAAAAGGAACACCCCGAAAUUACGACUCAGCAAGUUCCAACAAAGAAUUGUCAUGUUGAGGAUGAAGUGGUUGAGGACGGUCCUUGUGGGUUACCAAAGCGCUGUGUUAUACUCUAACUGAUAUCAUCUGGUUCUGCGGUCCUGCAGUUUCUGCGAAUGGCGUCUAGUAUUCGCGGAUAAUGCUUUAAUUUCUUAGUAGAAAAUGCUAGGGAUACACUACACAAUGAGCUUUUGUAUCUUAGUGAAGGGGGAAGGAUGCUCUAAACUUUUUUCAUUUGAUAAGGAUUGUUUCAGACAUCGUUACUUGUAGUUGUCGAAGUAGCAUCACCACGGAGUACUAAGAGCAAAACAAUUGC